CAGAAUAGCUGCUGCUGCAGCAGCGGAGUAAGAGAAAGCGGCGUGGUUAAUGUUUCCAGGGGAGGGGACAAGCUGGCGCCUGAACUGAGCAAACGACUCGACAUUCCUGCUGCUUGGCUUGGUGCCUCUGCAGCCUCUUGUAGCUUUCUGCAGCGAAAAGCACUUCCUUAUCCCCGGCCGGCCGCGACUAUAAAACCAGUCUGAACGGUCACCUCUUGCUGGAGUUGUAUAUCGCUUCCUCCGUUUGGAUUCAUUCUCCUCUUGCAGCCGAAGCACUUCGGAGCAGCGCAAGCCAUGCCGGCUCCUUUGCUCCUCGCGCUGGCCCUGUGCGCCCUGCAGCUGUGUCCAGCUGUUCUCGCCGGCCCGCAGCACCAGCGGUUCGGGCCAGGCAGCGGCUGGCCCAUCAGGUUGAACAGGGUAUACAACUUUGAAUGGAGUAAUUGUGGUCCUUCGGACCCUGCUCGGAUGAAGAGCAUGAAUAUUAUUCCAGAUCCUAUUUGCAUCCCAGGAGAUGUCACGGUCAGUGCCUCAGGCACCACCACUACAGCUAUAGAAGCACCUCUGAAGGGAAAUGUUACUUUAGAGAAGAAGUUUGGUAAUAUGUGGAUGAGAAUCCCCUGUGUGGACGAACUUGGGAGCUGUACAUAUGAUGAUCUUUGUGCUGAACUGGAUACCCUGAUUCCUCCAGGCACGAAAUGUCCAGAACCCAUAAUUUCUUAUGGCAUUCCUUGCCACUGCCCCUUUAAAGCGGGCACUUACAACUUGCCUCCUUCUGACAUCUACAUACCCAACUUGGACUUACCUUCUUUCCUCACCAAUGGGGACUACAGGCUAACAGCUGUGCUGAGCAAUUGUGAUCAAGAGAUCGCCUGUUUGAAAGUGAGAUUCUCGCUGCAUUCGGCGAGUUGGUGGUUCUGGUGGUGACUGCAGCUGUUGCCAACUGUCCUGUUACCUUCCUGCGCUUCCUGUCCCAUAGACAUUCUAGUACUGAGACUCACUUUUCAGCCUUAAAGGAAAUAAGUUCUGCUUUUAUGAUUGCUUGUAAAUCUCUCCAAGAGAUUGAUUGAAUGUUAAAUCUCUUGGAGAUGCAGCCUAACGCAGUGAAAAUGUGUUCAUAAGUAUUUUUAACAAGGAAUUGAGGUUUCUGAUCAGUCAGUAUUGAUUAUUGAUUAAGAUAAGGGGUGCUUCACACAAGGCGUUUGUCCCACCUGGUAAUUGCAAGGAAAGGUAUAACUGUCAUGUGUGUAGAUCAUGGGAAUGCAUCUCUGUGUGUUUAGAAUGCACAUCCAAGCGUAUGCAUGUGCAUCAAAGUAGGCAUGCAAUGCAUAUCAUUAUAUAUGGGUUCAUUCUACAUCCCAAGUUCUCCGUUGAUAAGAAAGGAUCUAGAGAGGCACUAAGAGAAUGUGUACUCUGAGCAAACAUGGAUUGGAAGGAUAGACGCUCAGUUCCAGAUCCUUUCAUCUAUGAGCAAGCUUGGUUUCCCCCUUUCCCCCUCUGCUGAGCCUCUGCCCCCUCCCCCCCCCCCGGGCUGUGGUUUCUUCGCCCUCCCUAGCAUCCAAGAAAGAUUGUAAUCAUUGCGGUAGCCAUACCUACUUCAUUGGACUUCAUUCCUUUGCUCACUGCUGGACUUCAUGAGUGAGUGAAGGAGUCUAGAACAAAGCUAUGAGAGUGGAAACGGAGGGAAAACAGAAAGCUGAUUCUUUUUAAAAGUCUGUUCACUCCAUGUGUAGCUCUUAUGUGCUUUUUGUAUGUAAUUAGGCAUAGAGAUCAUCUACAUCUUUUAUCUUUUAAACACACAGUUGAUGCUUGAUUUGGAACAGUGGUCCAAAAGGUAAAGGAAGCUGGGAUUUCAGGGAGAUUCAAAAGAUUUGAGAAAUAUAUUGCCUUUUUCUCCCCGAGAGAGGAAAAUCAUGUGUGAAGUAGCCCUCAUGUGCAUUUUUAAUUUAGUUUAUUAUGCACAAAGGUUUUAGUUAUGUUGGUGCCCUUAUGGAGGUGGUACUUGCCUUUCAAGUCAGCCUCUGGCAACAUCUGGAAGAAAGUGGGCAACAUGAAGAUCUCUUCAGGUAAUUCUGAGUUCUUUUACAAUAUCAUGUGAAAGACUCUAUUAACAUUCCUGGAAAGGAUCAAGUAGUUGUAGAUCUUUUGCCAGGUGUUUGGAUAUUGCUGGAUUUCCAUUUUUAUGGACAUUUUCUUUUUGCUAAAGAAGGAUAGAUGGCUAUUGAUCUUUGAUUUCUCAAGAUAGUACUGCUAACCUAGGCAGAGUUCCAGCUUGCUUAAUCCAUUGAAGUCAUGGGUCUUAGAAGGGCAUAACUCUGCUUAGGAAGGCAGAUGACUGAUUUCACACUCUGAUGGGUGUCUCUUAGAUUCAAAGAGGCAUGUUCAUGGCCAGAAUGGCCUGUGACCAGUCCAAGCUUUAUUAUUUUUGAGCCCAAGUAACCCUGGGAUCCACUGAGCAAUUUGAAGAUGUUGUUUAUUUACUGCAUUCUGUUACAUAUAGUUAGACUGUGGUUUUUUGUGGGGGGCAGAGGUGGUUCUUGUUAACCACUCAGUUUUGUGAUCAAAUUUGGUAUGUAUUACAUAUGCUGCACUGGCAAAAAGCUGUUGUAUUUGCUGAUUGCUCUCUGUUAUGGUUGUCACUCUUUUCUAGUUUAAGGUUAACAAUUUAACAGUCAAUUUGAUAUUGUUGUGCCCCUGGACUGUUCAAUAGCAAGAUUCUGUAUUCUGUUGAUUUCUUUAUUAUAAAACAGCAUCAGGAAUAAGAAUUUAUACUUCUAGUGCCAGAACUAAGCAUAACCAGCAAUACAGCCACCAUUAUACCCCGCGUCACCCCUCAUGUCAUAUCACCCCACCCGUGACUACCAGUUCCCAAAGGGGAAUGGCACCCCUCCACUCCCACAGUCUAGAGAAGAAGAAACCUUUCUCCCCGGGGUCAAAACAACCUACAUUCCAUACUACUGACAGAGCUACAACAGCAGGUGCCUGAGGAGGAAAGCAAAAAACAACAACAAAAAACA